CGAGCCUCCUACUAACUCGAUGACGUAUGGCGUGUGUUUCGGGGAGAUAUCGGUCACUCUUUACCGGUACAUGGCAUUAGAUGUCCACAAGCUCCCCGAUAGCUACUCAUGCGGCGAAACAAUCUUAAGCGCUGGGGUCGACGCGUCUGUUCGGCCUCUGUUUCUUCCUGGCCCCCUUCAGCGUCUGCGUUCUUCCCUUCGUCGCGUUAAUCGCCUGGACCCUGCAUCAGAGCUAGGCUGCCGCGCUCACGUGUUUUGAUAUUUUCGCGUCUUGCCCUUCCUGGAAUUAAUGAUACCCCAUUUCUCACCUGCUCGAGUAGAGCUUUGCGAAAAACCUAUCCUCAAAAUUCUCCGACACUCCUGGUUCGAGGAAAUCUUCCGCCCCAGGAUGGAUCCGUCAAUAAUAAACAACUGUGUAUUGCUGCUCAAUUUGCCCCCCAAGGCACUUGCUGGCAUCGACCUCCUGUCCUUCACUUCAUCACCACGUUUUCGAGGAGUCAAAAAUAUUCCACCAGGCCUGCAUUUUGUUUUCACUGCAAGCGACAGUACUUUGUCUGUAAGGCACGGAGCCUGGUUCUAUGUCACGCCUGGCGUAGGCUCGCCGCAAGUCUUUGUUAAGAAAUGGGAUGAGAGUACCGAGGACCUUGUAGCCGAAACCUCGCAGACCGAAGUCCUGAGACACAAGGCGAACCUCGGAAGCAUAUGGAAAGAUGGCCUGACACCUUACCGACAAAGCGUCCAGGAAGGGGACUCUGGUGCUGAAGAAGGCUGGUCUGAGGAAUCUACGGACUGGAGCAAGCUUACAUCGCAAGUCACACCCACUGUGCUAUCGAGGAUAUGUGGCCUGAACCCGGAUCACUGGAACUUGACAUCCGCGUCAUCCGCCUCACAGGACCUGGAUGAGAUACCCGGCCUAGAGACUAGCAACAGCAUGCUACAUCCGGAGAAGGAGCUACGAUUCCUGCCCAUCGAUCUGAAAAAGACUUGGAGAGAAGGCGCGACCGGGAGAGAGCGUACAGAAGCUGCGCAAGACCGAUCCUGGUUUCUGGGAGACCUCAUCGACAACCACUGCCAGGCGGGCGAUCUACGUGGACGAGAGGACGAAAUCUUGGGCGAGCUGCAAUUUACUUUCCUUAUGGUCUUGACCCUCAACAACAAUUCCUGUCUUGAACAGUGGAAGCGACUCCUGCGCCUUUUACUCACAUGUCGGCAAGCCGUUAAGCAGCGAUCGCGCCUGUUCCUCGAUUUCUUGCGAUGCUUGCGAAUACAGCUUGGCCAUUGCGCUAAUAUAGAAGGCGACUUAUUCGACAUGAACGAUGUUGGUGGAGGCUUCUUGAAACCGCUCUUCGGCCAAUUCCGCAAAGCUCUCGACGACUUCGACGGAAAGUGGAAAGCUGACUUGGUAGACGAGCUAGAGGAUCUGCAAGACUAUAUGCAGAAGGAGUUCGGAUGGGAACCAGAGGGCUCUUAUUUGAAGCGUGGUAUGCUGGAACUAGAGGACGGUGAAAGGGUAGAGAUGGAAGUCAAUGGUGCAGACGCUGAUGAUGAGUUGGGCGACUACGCACCUACUGUUGUAGACCUGACCCCAGAACAGCAGAAGCUGCUAAACCGGAGCGAUGUCGGUCACGCAAAGCCAACGAACGGCGGCGUUGACGUAGAGUCAGAGGACGACGUCGAUCUAGACGACAUGGACACGCGAUACUGAAGCCGUGAGAAGACCGUGCAUAACCGGUGAAAUUGAACCAGUCUGCCCACCCGCUCAGCUCACCGGUUCUAUCUCCACACACCUGGUCUCGUCACGUCUCGGUUGGUCGAAAUCAACAAACCUUGCGGCGGCACAGCGGUGCAAAAAUAGGCAUCUGCAGGAACGGGCAGCCCCCUAGUCGCUAGUAGAUAUUCUGUAACCACGUGCUGAUCGCUGUUGUCUGCACAGCCUUACACCUAAUGUCAAAUGCCAUCAUACUUCUGCGCAAUGUCCAGUUCGAGAUCUAUGUGAUGUAGCCAAGACGAUGUGGCAACAAAGCAUGCCGAUGUCCGUUGUGGUGCGGCG